AUGCAAAACGAUUGGAUUAAGUGCAUCAGACAGGAAAUAAAUGAUUUCAAAUGGCUUCCAUCAAAAAAUGCAAGAAUAUGCAGUGACCAUUUCUGUAAUAAAGAUUAUAAGGGUUAUGAUGGAGAAAGGAAGGUAAUGCUGAAGAAAGCAUUCCCAUGUUUUCAAUUUAAAAAAAUUAGAACAUAUGACUCUGAUCAAAAAUCAUUCGCGUUGACACUGCAUUUGUAUGGGCAUAAGGCAUAUGAUUAUCUUUGGACAAAUGGCUUUCAUCUUCCUCACACUAGGACAUUAAGAAACAAUAUUCCGAAAUUAAAAAAAUUUACGAUCGUAACUUUUGACUUGGGCGAUAAAAAAUCACCCUCCAAUUUCCCUCCGGAACUUUUCCGGAAGCUGUUAGUGCUUUUAGUUCUUAUGGAAAACAAUCUAGUCGAAGGUUUACAGAAUCUUCGAGUUUUGGCAGCGUAUGACCUGGCCGUCAUGGAAGACUUAGUGAAAGAUUUUGCAUCUGCUCUGGAUGAUCACAGCGCACCUGGCAUCAGAAAUAAAUCAACUGCAGGUGAAGUACGAAAACGACGUAGGUACAAAAAACGUCGACCAACUGACCUCACAAUGGCUCCCAACAACUACAGUGAUACUGACAGCAGCCAGUUAGACGGGGCUAACAUGCAAGAUUCUACCAAUAGUCAUCACUUGCCUAAAAAUUGGCAGAGUUGGAGCAAGCAGCAAAGUGAUUCAGAUGAUAUGAAUAAUAAUAUGUUUAGUGGCUACUUAGGGGCUAGGCCAAAGUGUUCUCUUUCCAGGUAUCCUGCAAUCUCAGCCCCAGUUCUCGUUGAAUCAGAUUCAGUAACCGAUUGCCUGUCACCAAUUCGACUGCCGAGAAGAAGACGCCAUCUUAAGAAAUUACCAAUCGUCAUCGACAAUGAUCCCAUUCUCGAUCCCAACAACUAUCGACACCAACUUGAAAAUUUACCAUCAUCGAUACGACCCUUGUCCAACUCACAACAAGGAGAGACAUCUAUGCCUUUUAUCUCAACGACAAAGUUUAGGACCCAAAGUAGGGAUGUGACUGUUGGAUGCAGUCGGGGAAUGAUGUGUAGAAAACGUAAGAGAUCAGUUAGGGAGUCGGGAACGAGUAUGGUCUAUGAGAGAUGUGAGGGAGAAAAACGUUUCAAUAGAGCCUGUAGUUCUUGUAGCAACUCUAGCGAUGACGAUGAUGAAGAUAGCAUUGAUGAUGGCAGAGAAGGUGACGAUGAACAAAGUGAUUUCUGUUCAGACUCAGACAGCAAACAUCACCAGCAGCAACUAAAACAACAACAUUUUCAGCAGCAACAACAGCAAACAACAGCACACGAUUCAAUGGACUCAACUGACGCCACCACCGACGACCACCAGCGGCAGCAUCAUCGUCAUCAGCAACAGCAGGCCAUGCCUACUCAACUAACUCAGCUGUCAAUCAAACAACAAUACCCAACACACAGAUAUUACAUUCCUGAUUCCUAUCCACAUGACUUUAGCAUCAAUAACAUUAAUAAUAAAGACAACAACAAUAAUAAUAAUAAUAAUAGCAAUAACAUCAACAACAAUAACGAUAUGGACACAGACUUAACAACAACGACGACAACAACAACAAAAAUGGCUGCAGCUACAACUAACACUAUAUCAACUAUUUAUGCAGAUGCAAGAAGGCAGCUGAAUAAAUUUAACAGAAGGAAUGUUAACUGA